UAACGCAAUUUGUUAAUUCAAAGUUAUCGACCAAAGACAGGUUGUGUGUUUUAAGAGAACCCUCAAAUUGAUGGGGCUCACGAGUAGGUACUUGAAAUUCUUUGCAUGGCUGACAACAGACGAGACAAAAAUGGAAAAAAAAUCGAAACAAAGAAUUGAAAAGGUUGAACAUAUUCCGCCUUAAACGAAUGGAAUAAUAACAAUACUUUUGCCAUGGACGAAAAAAUCAGAAAACCAACGUUCGUGCAAAUCAAGAUUGUCUUUCCGGCGUUAUUCUGCGUUAUUUUGGGGUUAAAUUUAGCUUUGUGUUAUUUACUUUGUGUGCGUGACAUGUUGGUAUUUUUGUGAACCGAAGCAAUGUUAAACUGUCCGGUUUAACAGGCAAAUAACGUCCGUAAUUAAAGUAUUUAUUGCGCAGGCGGCGUAAAGUUGUCUUGACACAGAUGUGGCAGCUGGAUUUUUUCUAUGCAAAGCGAAACCAGUGGCGUAGUACCGUGCAUAUCAUUAACUUUAACUUAUGUAAAUUUUAAAUUCAUCGCGUGAAAACCACAAGCAUAACAAGCGAACGGCGAAUUCAGCUGGCAAGUUCGAUCGAACGGUGGUAAGCUGAGAACUGUUUCCCUUCUGAAAUCCGAACCAACUCAGGCUGUGAAGAAUCACCAGGAUCAUGUGUUGCUAUUUUAUUUCUGUGUUUGACGCAGCUUCAAUGCUUUAAAAACACUGAGUUGAGUGACGGAGUAAAAAGAUGGCUCAGUUCGGUUGUAAGCUGCCGCUGUUUGUAACGAUUGUUAUCGUCGCUGCUGGCGGAUCAAGUGCCUGUCCAAAGUCAUGUAACUGUACCGAGAAGAUGGAAAACGACAAGCCGGGAAUCAUCGUUGACUGCAAGGACAAAGGACUGUCAACCAUCCCCAGCGAGCUCCCACAAAACACGACAACCCUAGACUUGCGGGACAAUCGUGUGAAAUGUGGCUGCGAAUUUUACCACCGAUGGAAAAUACUUAGAAGCAAAGGAGUCGAAAUCCUAGGGAAAUGCAUAGGCUCACAACAGCAAAGUGGACCGUCUUUUAAGAAUCUCAACAACGAAUAUUUUAAUUGUGGAUCAUCUGUGUUUCAAGUCACGAGCAUGGAGUCCACUUCUGUCGCAGUCUCUGCGGCUAAUGUGGAAUCUUCCUCAGUCGUUGGCAAUAUGGAUAUUACGUCAGUCCUGGAUGCCUCCUCAGUUGUGGCCAGUGCGGUUUCUAGCACAGCCGGGGCCUAUAUGGGCCGAAACCCUUCAAGUUCAUCGCAUGUGGCUUCGGAACUUGUCAGUGAUGGAACGAUAAAGACAUCUAAAACCAGUUCUGCACUGGAGUUACCUUUAAGUGAAUAUACAGCGAAACUGUCUCCAUCAAGUUUGGUGACAACUACACGGACAAUUCCUAGAAUUUCCACGUCUUCAUUGCUUAGGUCAACGGCCACCUCCAGUGCAAAAAUUGAUUGGCAUUCCACUGCUUGGACUGCCCCGCCAUUGCAGAGCACUGGUUUUGAAUCACAUACGAUUAGCGCUUCACCAACGGCUACCAGCAUCAUCAAUACCACAGCCACUGCUACACUGCCACCUACAGUCCACGGGCCUCCAGUAAUCGUCAAAUUUGAAGAACAGCGUGUGGUAAAUAUUGAUGAGAUGGUACAAGUCAAAUGUGAUGCCACAGGACACCCACGUCCCAAAAUUCACAUGACGUUUAACACCCGGUCUGUUAAGGACGCGGAGGAUGUGACCGUGACGUCACCGGACUCGGAAACUGAGAUCGAAUUCAAAGCUAUAAGGAAUUCGGAAGUCUAUUGUGAAGCAACAAAUGAAGUUGGCCGAGAUAAGCGCAAAAUGAAAAUACUGGUUAAACAAAAUGGAACAGAGUACCUGCUACUGAAAGUGGAAUUAAUAAAAGAGGACUUUGAUGAGAACAUGAAAAACAAGGGUUCUAAAGAAUUUCAGGACAUGGCUGAAAGGAUAACCAAAGAGGUGCGGUCUGUGUUGGGCCCUCUUCCUAGUUUUCUUGAUGUGAGCGUGGUGAAACUCAAUCCAGGCUCAGUGAAAGCAGACAUUUUGGUAAAAACACUCCAAGACACUGACGAUUCAGUAAGAAAAAGGCUGAAGGCAGAGGUCGACAAUGCAAAGAUUGGAAACUUAGCAGUGGACCGCUACUAUUACACUAUUGAACAAAGCCAAGGUUGUCCAUCUACGUUUGAAAAUGUGACGUGGAAUGAUGCAGUUUAUGGCGAUUUUGACGUACAGCCAUGUCCAAGAGGAGCGAAAGGUUUUGCCAAGCGAAACUGUUCUUCCGGGGGGUUCUGGUACUACCCGGACUACACAAGCUGUAAAAGUGUUGAGUUUGAAAACCUCAGAAAUCAGGUCAAGCAAUAUACAAGUGGUAUCGUAAAUAACGAAAAUGUAGAAAGGAAUAUCCUAACAAGCUUGGAAAAUCUGUUUAACUUGUCGACACCAAAUGAGGACUUCGCAAUGAUGGCAGGGGAUGUUGCUAUAAGCGCAGAAAUAUUGGAAUUCAUCGUUGAUUAUAUUACUAAAGAAAACCAAGAUGACGCUCACAGCUCCACCGAAGUCAAGCAUGUUAUCAACGUUGCAAAUAGCGUUCUUCACAGGAAUAACGAACAGGAGUUUAUAGUCGCUCAAAAGUUGCUACAGACGGCAUCAAGAUUCAUAAGAGUUCUUGAGACAUAUGGUCUCCAGGCUGCUCGGGUAACUUCAUUUGAGGGCGACAGGAAUCUAGAAAUAUUUAUAUCCGAGAAUGUUGUUAUGGGUGCUGGUAAAGCCGAUCCCGAGAGUAUCUCAAAAGAUGUCAUUUUUCCAAACUACGAGUGGGCCGAAUUGGCAAAAGUUCAACAACAAUGGAAUGUCACCACGUUCGUGGUGUUAAGCCAGAAAGUAAUCAAAUCCAUGAAUCCUGGUAAAAACGGAAUAAGAUUUGCUGGCUUCUUAUAUAGAACACUCACCAGGAUCCUUUCUUUUGAAAGUGCGUAUAGUGACAAAGGUAUGGCCUUUGAAAUCAACUCAGCAGUAAUUUCUGCCUCCACGGACCCAAAACCAGAUUCCAAAUUAACCGAUCCCGUCAUCAUCGCCUCUAGUAACCUGCAAGAAGUUGAUCUCGAUGGUGAUGAGCCAAUUUGUGCAUUUUGGGAUUUUAACAUGAAUGCUCCUCACGGGGGAUGGUCUAAGGAAGGCUGCAACACCUCUUCGUACAAUCGUAUGCGAACAACUUGUCGGUGUGAUCACAUGACUAAUUUCGCGGUGUUACGGAACAGAGCUCUUCCUCCAAACGUACAGAAGAUAACAUCAGGAAUAAGUGACUUCAUCCAUUGUCUCUUGAUCGCUUGCUGGAUAAUAAUCGCAUUUGCAGGAAUAACAUUUUUACUUCUCUUAAUUUUAAGCCCAUGGUUGAAGCCAGAUCGUACAUGGGUGAUGCAUAUGUGUGUCUGUGCUUCGAUCCUUGUAGCCUUUGUUCUAAUCCUGCUCGGUCUAGCUUCUUAUAACGACUUGGAGUUGUGUAAUCUUUUGUCGUUCCUGGUUCAUUAUUUCUUCCUUUGCUCCUUUUCGUGGAUUCUUGCCGAAAGCGUUUAUAUGAGAACUUGGGAUACGGAAAAUGGACCGAAAAAGAAAUACUGGAUUGGAUAUUUCCUGCUUGGUUGGGGUUUGCCUGGAAUUCCAAUGCUCAUCACGUGGUUUAUAAACAAGCUUUCGGGUUUUGAGAGCUACCUAUCGUGCUGGAUGUCCUUGUUUAACCCUUUGAUAUGGCUGUUCUUCAUACCGGCGUUAGUUUUCUUUGUGGUCACCUGCGUUAUUUUCGUGAUCGUAUGGAGAGCAGUAACUGGAUUACCAAGACAGAAGCUGAAAGCAGACUACAGAAAAACACGAUUCAGGGUCCAUAUUCGUUACUGCAUCAUCCUUAUGCUUAUGUUCAUGAUCACGUGGCUGGUUGGCAUUCUUUUGAUCACUUAUUAUUGGAAAGCGUUGCUGUGCGUCCUGUUCAUCAUAUGCUGCGUAAUCACGGGAUUUAUGCUUUUGUUAUUUUAUGUGAUCAUGGAUAGACAGGUCCGUGAUGCCUUCAGGCAGUGUUGUUGCUAUUGUAAACGAGGCCGACGAGGAAGUUACUGGGUAAAAGGAGAUAACGUGUGGGUACAGAAACCACCGGAACAACUUGAGUACCAACGGCCAGAGGAAGAGCGUUUAGUAACUGGAAGUGUAGAAGAACAACCAGACCAGGAACGCGACAUUGAACUGAAUGGCCGAGAAUCGACACACGAAAUCGAAGAAGCUUUACUUAGACCUGGGACAAGACCUGAAUUAGAAGAAAGGCGGUCACUGGAGUCUUCCAGAGAGAGUUUUGAGGAUCCUUUCUAUGAGAGUUUGAGGCAGUCUGUUACUGUUGAAGUCCAGCAAGUCCCGUCAGAACCGAAAGAGGAACCCAGGCAAGAGCCUAUAUACGCAAAGGUAAUCAAACCAAAACCUCCAAGACAUCCUGAAUCGGACAGCGACGAUGAGGACCUGACUCCCGAGGAGCGGGAAGCUCGAGGAAUCCGUGGAUUAACACGGGAGCAAGUUAUCCGCAUGGCAAAGAAAUCCGACGCCUCUAAGAGAGUUCUGAAAGAUUAUGAGAGUCCCUCAGGAAGCGCGGAGAUCCUGGACCCGAAUCAACCAGUAUACUUAUUAAAUCAGCAGGAGAUGGACGAAGAGCUUAAACACUUUCGAGCAUUCUUUGCCCAAAGCGAGCCACCUACAACAAGCACACCCACGAAGGAAGAGGGUGCCUCCACAAGUCUAGAGACAACCGACAGUUUCGUAAAGAGAGAAACAUCGACCUCGGUGACAAGGACCCAAUUCUCGUCCUUUUCAUCACAAACGGAUCAGAGCUCCGUAGUGCACAAGAGAUACGACAGAGAGGAGAGCACUUCAAGUUCAAUUACCAAGAAAAUAAUAAGUCAAGAGAGUCAGGAGACUAAAAGUACAUUCCAAAAGACAGUUGGUACGUCACUGAAGUUAGAAGAAACAGCGAUCGAUUCUUCUUUGGAGGAACUUGAACAACGGGCUGACGGAGACGGAAAUGACUCAUCAAGCAAGCCUACUGCUGUGAGUGGUGACAAUGAGGACCUACGUGUAAGUUUGUUGAGUUACUUUACAGCAGCACAUCAUGGGCAUACAGAGGAAGACGAAUGGCGUGAUUUAUUUGAAGCUCUUAAAGAGUGAAUAUUGUUUAGGAAGUGCAGGCAUUUCAGUUCGAAUAGUUCUUAAAAUGUUGUAGGCAAAAUUCUAGAUUGUAUUACAUUGCAAAACAAUGGUUGUGCGUAAUGAUAGAUAAUAGAUAUCUUUAGACCGCUGUUAACUUCUUUUAGCAAUGCUUAAGAGAUGUAUAGAAAAUAGUCUCGUCACCCAGAAAAUGCGGACUCUAAACACAAUCAGACUUAAGUCCUGAAUUUGUACUUUUAUACUUAAAAUUGCCUGAAUUUGUACUUUAAUACUUAUAAUCAGUUGACUGUAGGUUGGGUUUCAAUACUUGUGAUCAGGGUCGUUUUUGGCAUUUUACACAGCCCGUGGUGACUGGAAUCAUAUAUGAAUAGUUUAAGGCCAUUACGACGUCAUAAUCAAUUGCCAUGGCAGCGCUAAAGGUGAAAAAAAUGUCUUCACGUUACCUGUCGUGGCUAGUAACUAAACUACAACAUGUUUAUUUUACAUAUUUUUUCCCCUUGAUAUAAUGAGCAUCUCAACCACAUUUGGCUCGGAAAGGUCUAAGCAGACGUUUUUACAACUUGCUCAAAAUAGAAUCAAAAAUACUGUUCAAAAUGUUUAUUCUGAGAGGAACCCAACGAAUCUGUUCCCCAGAGGAAUUCUUGCUGGUUGGGAAAUUAUUUUCCGUGGCCUUGCAACUGUGAAUUUAUCACUUCUUCUCUUCAAACUUGUCUCAUGGAAAUUAUUAAUUUAGAUCUGGCUGGGAUAAAAUCCAGUGAAGAUCUGCUAUGAUACUAUUCAGUACUAGUUUAACACAAACAAAGACUAUUUUGGUGUAAUAUAUUCUGAACAAACACUCAUUUCUAUCGAUGAUUUUUAAAGGAGCUAGGUCACGUUAUUUGAGGAAUUUCUUUUAUAUUUCGUUAAUUACGACCUCUAAGCUUCAAAUUGGCAGAGCAGCAGUCUUUUAUUGGCAGAAUCAGUGCCACGAAAAAUCUAGGAUGUUUCCCGAUCGUAAAAAUGACAAAUUGAGUUAGGGCUGAUGCAAUCUAUUUUAAUCUUCUCCAAUUUUGCCCUUCCAUGUCCCUUUCUUUCUGUGACGAGUUUGAGUCCUGUGCAGAGUUAAUCAGUUCUUAUUGUGAUAUUUCAGUUGAUUCUAUGACCAACUGGUCGCUGCUGAAAUUGUAUGAGCUUAACCCCUAACUGACUGGGCACUGUAAACGUUCUUUUUAGCUGGCUGGCUGACCAUCCGUUUGGAGAAAGAGGAACAAUUUGAUUUUUCAGUAAGGGGGCAUACAAACAAAUGCGUCAUAUUAGUGCAUUUUUAGCAAAUUGUUUCGUUGGGUGCCCUGUUCAUCACGUCAUUUAGCUACUAAGUGCCUGGUUACAGCAACUCUAACUAUGUAGUUUUUAAAUUAUCGGCCUAGAAUGUGAAAGCGAAAACACUUCGCUGGUUAAAAAAUGUCAACCAUGGGCUGGUGUAAAUUAUUAGGACCCAACCUACUGUGAGCGCUUUCAGUUCGCGCCCACUCGCCACGUCCAAAGCUAGUUAAUGUUACAUACGUUAUAGAUAAGCUUUAAAUACCGCGGGUAUUAUUAGAUAGAUUACAUAGCAAGUCUUAUGCUAGCCAUAUUUCAGGGGAACUGAUGUUCUUCAUUCGCUCAAGCAAUAGCAUUUUUAUUUACUUGCAAGUUUUAAUGUAAACGUUUUCACUAUUGUGUUGAACGUUUCUUGGUCUAUAAUCGCUAAGUUAGUGAGUAAGACAUCUGGUUAAAUUAUCUGUAGAGAUUUUAUAAUUUAUGGCCACGAUUAUUAAUUAAAGUGCUUUUUAGCUAAGAUUAACCUUGGAGAUCUUUGUUAUAGAUAGUUCAAGAUGACUGCAAGAAAAUGAAUAAAACCUGUUUAACUAGAA